ACCACACAUAAAAUCAAAAAGAAGCUUAUGGGCUGCGGCUAGAGUUUGGGGUUUCAUUCUUGUUGGCUCAGAGGAGGAACUUGAAAGAGAGAAGAGCAUAGCCACCAAGAGUUAAUAAAAGGCCUCUAUUUUAAUAUUAGUUAGGCCCAUUAUUUAUGGAAUAGCUUCUUUUUGUGAUUAGUGAUUACAUACCAAUAUACCAUCGUUCUAUGUUCAGUUGUUCACUUAUCUAGUUAUCACAUUUCCAAAGCCUAACGUACCAUUAAUAUACUAUCAUGAUAUCUCAAAGUAUCAUAUCACUAGUAUCAAAAGAAUCAUAUAUGAUAUAUGCAUAUAAUUUUAGCGCGAGAGAAUCUAUAUAGAUUAUUAAUAUGGUCAUGGUGGUAAAAUUAUCAAACGUUUCCGAACUCAUUUACCAAAUAAAAACAUGAUAUUUAACAAAUAUGUAAUAUAUGAUUAUACGUUGUGCAGUAAUAUCACAUAAGGUGUACAAUACAUGCAAAACUAACACACAUUUACUUAGGAUUAGUUUUGCUAUCACUUAAAAUGAUCAAACUAGCCCUGGAUAGAAAACAAACUUGUGGUAAUACAUCAUUAUUAAAUAUUACGAAGACAAACAUCUGAUAUCAUAGACUAUUUAAUUAGAAUGACCUAAUUAAGGACCCUUCCCAAAAAUUCCAAACUCUAUAGGAACUUUUUCCCCACCAAUAUGUAUUUUAAUUUUAUUAAUAAGUUUUUUGUUUUAUUUUUUACAACACUAAUUAAAGAUUAAUCUCUAAUAUAAUAAAUAUUAAAUCUACACUAUCUACUCUCUCAUUUACAUAUAUAUAAUCAAUCUUUUAGGACAUAACUCACCGAAAGCUCCACAAACCCACUAAAAGCAAAAGAAGGCGGCGCUAAAUAAAUUAAAAAUGCAACCAGAGAGCUCAGAUCAGAUGUUGUAUUCGUUCCUAACCGGAAACCAAAUCUCCGGGGGAGGAUUUUGCGUUUCCGAGAACUACAAGUCUUCGUCGACGUCAUCUUAUUACCCACUAGCGAUCUCUGGCAUCGGAGAAACGCUUGCUCAAGACAGAGCUAUUGCUGCUUUGAGGAAUCACAAAGAAGCUGAGCGAAGAAGAAGAGAGAGAAUCAAUUCUCAUCUCACCAAGCUACGUAACGUACUCUCUUGUAAUUCCAAGACCGAUAAAGCCACACUGCUGGCCAAAGUGGUCCAUCGAGUCAAAGAGCUUAAACAACAAACCCUAGAGAUCUCCGACUCCGACCAAACUCUUUUACCCUCGGAGACCGACGAGAUUAGUGUUCUACACUGUGGAGACUAUUCAAACGACGGUCAUAUAAUUUUCAAAGCAUCUCUAUGUUGUGACGAUAGAUCAGAUCUGUUGCCUGAUCUCAUGGAGAUACUUAAUUCUCUUCACAUGAAGACUCUUCGAGCUGAGAUGGUAACUCUUGGUGGUCGGACAAGAAAUGUUCUUGUUGUGGCUGCAGACAAAGAGAUGCAUGGUGUACAGUCUGUGCAUUUCUUGCAGAACGCUCUCAAGUCCCUGCUCGAGCGAUCAAGCAAGUUGUUGAUGGAAUGUAGUUCUGGUAUUGGCGGAGAGCGGUCAAAACGACGCCGUGCACUGGAACACGUGAUAAUGGUGUGAGAUGAUGAGAGUACACUAAAAAGCUUCUAAUUGAUGAUUUACAUAUAGCGUAUGAUCAUAAUUAACUUGGUUAUGAUUACCAAAACCUUUUUUAGUGUUCCUACUUUAUAACGUUUUAUUGUUUAGCUAUAAGAUGUAGGAGUGUAUUCUCUUUCUUUUCUUUUUCAAGUUAUCAAUUAGUUAUGUUUUCAUGCUA